ACAUCCUUUAUACAGCUAAAAAAAUCGAAAAUCGUUUAAAAGAACUUUCCGAAGAAUGUAGAAACUUAAAGAUACAGACGACAAAUUUAGCUACGUUGAUGAAUUCUGUGAAAGAAUCACCCAUUAUUGUCAAAAGCCUGGAAACUUUAACUAAUGGACUUCAGUCAAGCAGUACUCAUUCAGUCUCGCCACAUGUCAACACUGAUUUACCAAAACACCUGUCCCCUUUAUGCCUUAAAAGCUCUUGCGAUGCACCUACGAUUGAGGAAAAUGAUAAUACUGGCAACGUUGUGGAAGAGAUGGUAGCACUGGCUCCUGGUAUUACGAUUUUGCAUUCGCAGAGGGAUCUUUUGACUUUACAAGGAAAUCCAAAGAACUACACGUAUGCGUUAAUGGACAUGAUUUGGUCCAGAGAUGAGUUGGCAACACAUUCUUUAACAGGAAAAACGUCCAAUGCUCACAAAGAUAAAACACCAAAGCCUUCAUUGGAUGCUUCAAAAGUUGCUGCACUGUGUGGUUUUACACAGCGAAAGUAGACCAGAGACUUCUCAAUUAAGUUAGCGAACAUCAAAGAAACGUCUACACCAACACGUUUUGGCAAAACUUGGAGAAGGAAAAUGUAAUGCAUUGGAGCUUAUUUCUUUUACGGGGAUUAGCUCUUUGAUAUUAUUUGCCUGAUCUAUUUUUUUAGAUUGUCGAAGGAGGAUCAUGACGGAAGGAACCGCUAUCACAAUUACCAAAAAAAAUGCAAUAAUUAUAGAAAAAACACGCACGGAGAAAUUACUGGAACUUCCAGUGGAAAACCAAGCUAUACCAGUAAGAUUAAUAAUUUUAGUGAUCUAUUUACUAACAUUCUACGAUCACUGGAGAGUCUGGGCAAUGUAGAUGGCAUAAAUGGGUUUACGCAGUGCAUGAUUUUUACAUGGCUUUGAAAGUGCCAUGGCUAGGCAGGAGAAUCAGUGGAUCUUUGUUAAACCAGCAGUGAGCUUUUGCGUAAGAGCAACGCGGUGAAUCGAACAUGACCAUUUGCAGCUCAUAAAAGAGAGAAUAAACUAAGAGACAGUUUAGCAAAUGUGUUGUAUUCUUAGUAAAAAUGUUUAUACUGCGAUUGUACUCACCACAAAGCUAACGAGUGAAUGGUAAUAAUCUUUGUAAAAUGGUCAAGACAAUGUCUUACUAAGAAAACGACUUUGUUUUAAGUGCACCCUGGAAAGCCGUCGAGCAGUUUAAUAGAGCCUAACCUCUAGGCAGCAGUAUGUGAAUAGUCAUAAUUCUUGAAUAUGAGACAAACAAUGUGCAGUGGGAGUAAAAAAGGAUACGAAGAUAAGGCAUGGCAAAGUGUACAAAUGUGUAAAUAACAAACUGACUUUAUUAAAUUUGGAACAUAUUUUA